AUGGAAAAUGUGGGUUUUAUGUAUCGUUCUACAUAUCUAUCUAAUGAUGAGUUGGACAAUGAAGAGGAUGAUGCCGGCAGUUCAGAGUUUUUGAACACCAACAGUUAUCAUCCGUCCAAUUCACCUUUUAAAACACAACGCCAACGAUCCCUAACACCUGAUCGCAAUGAAUCCCAUAGCUCUUCGAGUAGUCUUAGAAAACAACGUUCCAUAACACCCGAGUCAAGAUCUCUGACCCCGGAAGAUCGCCGUAAAAAAGGUUCACAAGUUUCAUUGAGUGGUUCACGACAAAAUUCAAGUUCACGCAGCAAUACACUCGAGCGUAAACAUGAAAAGAUUAACAUUUCUCGUAGUUCAUCAAGUUCAAGUUAUAGUGGCCGUGAACAUGAUAACCAUGGUCAUAGCGGUGGGGUUGUUGGAGGAAGUGGUAUUGGUGUUAUGAAUGGAAGUGGUCCUGGCGGCUUGAGAGUGGGUGUUGUUGGCAUGAAUGUCGGCAGCAGUCAGCAUCGUCGGUCAUUGGGCCGAAAUGCUAAGCAGGCUGAUGAACAUCGCAUCAGAAGAUCAAGAUCUCUGCAACUAACCGAACGUUCUCCCAAUCGUGGCCAUAAAAUGGUGGUUUGUGUGGGUCAGAAUCAUGCCAAUACCAAUCAGCCGCCUCUCUACCAACAAUCAAGUAUGAGAAAUAAUCUAAGCAACAUGCAAACCACAAACUUUCCGCCCACUAUACGAACUACAGGUAAAUCACAAUCGAUCUUGAUUAACAGCAAUGGAGGUGUAGCAGGUGCUAAUAGUGCUGCACGGCAUCGUCAAAGUGAUAUAGAUAAGAGCCGUUCUUUUGAUUUUGACUAUUGUAAUUACAAUGCGCCCGGCAAUAAUAUCAAAAGUCAACAUAGUAAUAACUCCUUGAUAGGUAGUCAAAAUUUAUUAAAUCGUGAGGCUGCCUUAAGACUGGAAUUUGAUAAGAGCCGUUCAUUUGAUGAGGACUACCGAGAAGCGGUGGUUACAAAUAACAAUUUAAAUGCCAAUGCUAUGAGAUAUUUACAGGCUAAUGAGAAUAGUGAUAGAAAUCAUGUGGCGCGCAUAAGACGCAAUUCACCAGUGGAGGGUAAUGGACGAAAUACCCGAAGUCCCCAGUCAUCGGGUUCGUCGUGUAAUAAUCUAAGUGUACCACGUUCCACUACUAGUCCACAAAAUUAUGGCACACGUUUGUGUGAUCAUGAGAUGACUUAUGAUUUAAUGCGCAAGUCAUUAGAUCGUUCACCUAUUAUGGACUUUCGUCGUGGCGAAAGUGCGGGUGGCGGUGAUUAUGAUAUACCCAUGUCUAUGUUAAGAAAUCGUGAAACCAUUAAUUCGGGCGGCAAUUCAGAAUUGAAUUUUAUGAACAGUGAUAAUAGGCCAUAUGAGCAUAUGAGUUCGAAUUCUUUGAAACAACAAAGAUCGUUGAGAAGAACUCACAGUCCCAAUGAGUCACAUUAUUCACUGGAACGAGCACACACUGCUGGCUCCAGAGAUGAUAUAACACCAAACGAACCAAAUGACUAUCGCAAUGAGUAUAAUGAAUUAUAUCGCCGCGCCAGAAGUAACAAUCGUGGAAGUGAUUUAUUUAAAUCAAAAACAACAAAUUUUCCACUAAAUAACACAACAACAAACACAAAACAGCAACAACAAUUGCUUAAAGAUUGCUCUAAACAAACCUGCUCCUAUUGGCCACAAUGUGGAGCCUGUCAAAAUCUACAACAACAACCCAACUAUGAAUAUUUGAAAUCUUUACCACUCAAACGACAAACUGCUCAAAAUUUCCAACAUAUUGAAGAGGAAAUGAAAACAAAAGCACUAACAUCCUCCUCCACCAACAGCAACAGCAAUAACAGCAGCAGCAGCUCAAAUGAUGAUAUCAAUAAUGGAAAAUCUUUAACGCAACUCAAUGCCAAUAUAUCUACAGUUAAAAUAAAUAUUAAUACAAAUCCCACAACUCAACAUAAUCAAACGGAAGAUUGUCCAACAACAGCAACAAUGACACGCCUACCUAAAUCUACCACUCAAUGGACAUUAUUAUGUAAAAAUGCCUUGGCCUCCAACACAGCAACUAACACUUCAAUUGUAGAACCGAAUACUAACGCUACAACAGCAUUUACCAAUACCGUUGUCAAUGUCAAAUCAUCUCCGUUGAUGACAACAAAAUUAACGGAAACAGCCAAGACAGUGAUGGCCACAACAGCAACAACAACAGCAGCACAAAUACCAUUAUCAACAUCCACAACAUCAUUGCCUUUGUCGUUAACGUCAUCAACAUCGAACAACAAUACAAUGACAACAUUAUAUCAACAGCCUCGAGUUAUACCCUUAGCCGCUACUUCUUUAGUAUUUUUGGGUGAUUUUGAAAUGCCCAUUACCCGAGAUCGUUCUGAACGUAAUGACAUAUAUGAGACAAAACCGAUAACAACAUCAUCAUCAUCACCGGCAGUCGCAACAACAUCCAAUAGUAAUAAUAAUAACUUCGCAAUUUAUGAGUCAAAAAUACAAGAAAAUCUCAAGAGGUGAGUAAUAAAUUUGGCU